UAUCCAAAGUAGCAGAAAAAACUAGAAUUGGUUUUCAGGAAGUUAACAUCCCCUUCUCUCUCAUGAUCUCCGCCGCCGCCAAGGCAUGUCUGAUCACAGCAGAACCUCUGCCAGCUUCUCUUAUCUUCUCUUCCUUCUCCUGCUUCCAGCUCUCCUACUGAUCUCAUCGUCUCCUCUAGCCUCCGCCGGCAAUUCUUUGCCGCCGGCGGCUGAGAAAGCAGUCCUCGUAGACCUCAAGCACUUCCUUCUCCGACAUAAUCCGGUCAACCGCGGCCUCUACGCCGGCUGGAACGAGUCGGAACAGGUCCCUUGCCGAUGGGCGGGCAUCGCCUGCGAUGCGGAAGGCCGUGUCGCCGGAAUUGAUCUCAGGGACUCGAGCAUCUCCGGCGGCAUCUUCCCCGACUUCUACCUCCUCCCUGCGCUGGCUCGUCUUGAUCUCUCCUCCAAUAAUAUUAAAGGCCCCGUUCCGCCGGAGCUGAACCAAUGCCACGGCCUUCGGUAUUUGAAUCUCUCGAAUAAUUUUAUCGACCGCGAGCUCAAUUUAACUGCUCUAAACCUACUUGAUACACUCGACGUCUCCGUGAAUCGUUUCGUUGGUCGGGUCUUGGAGAGCUUCCCGGUGAAUUGUGGGAAUUUGGUUUCUCUCAAUAUUUCGUCCAAUAAAUUCACCGGCGAUAUCGGGAACUACUUUGACGGAUGUCGCGGGAAAUUGCGGGAUCUUGAUGUGAGCUUGAAUGGAUUUGGACGGAAGAUAUGGAUGGGGUUCUGGUGGCUGAGGGAGUUCUUGGCCACGGAUAACGGUUUCACGGGAACGAUAGCGAUGGAGAGUUUUCCGGUGGGUUGUAGUCUGGAAACCCUAGAUCUUUCCGGCAACGGGCUUAAUGGCAGUUUCCCGGAUUCGAUCGCCAACUGUUCGAGGAUGGUGGCAUUGAACCUUUGGGGAAAUUUCUUCACCGGAAAGAUUCCAUCGGGUAUUGGAUUGCUUUCUGAACUUAACACUCUUUUCAUCGGCAAUAAUAGCUUUGAUCGGGAAUUGCCAGUCGAGCUCCUCAAUUGUCGGAAAUUGGUGUUUCUCGAUCUUAGCAGGAACAAGUUUCGCGGAGAAAUUCAAAGAAUUUUGGGGAAUUUCACCUCGCUCAAGAUUCUACUACUGCAUUCAAAUUCAUACAGGACAGGAAUCGAGGAAUCUGGUAUCCUCAAGCUUCCAAAUCUUAUCCGCAUCGAUCUCAGCUACAACAAAUUUUCCCGGGAGUUGCCCAUUGCCUUCGCCGAGUUGCCUCAGCUAGAGUUCUUGACGCUCGGCUCCAAUGAUUUCUAUGGUAAAAUUCCUCCCGAGUACGGGAGAAUCGCGACUCUUCAAGCCCUCGAUCUGUCCUUUAAUCGGCUAAGCGGUGGAAUUCCCCCGCAACUUGGGCAAUUAACGUCGCUGCUCUGGCUCAUGCUCGGGAACAACCAGCUUACUGGUGAAAUUCCGUCGGAGAUCGGCAAUUGCAGCAGCCUUCUAUGGCUGAAUCUGGCAAAUAAUCGGCUCUCCGGCAGACUCCCGCCGGAGAUCUCCGGGAUCGGACGGUACCCUUUCCCGACUUUUAAGAAGAAUCAGCUCCACGACAGCAUCACGCCCGGCUCCGGCGAGUGCCUAUCGAUGAAACAAUGGCUCCCGUCCACAUACCCACCCUUCAGUUUCGUCUACGCGGCCAUGACUCGCCGGAACUGCAGGGCGAAAUGGGAUCAGCUCCUCAAAGGUUACGGUGUGUUUCCAGUUUGUCUAAAUGCCUCAAAGCCAAUACGAACACUAGACAGCACCGGGUACCUCCAGCUUUCCGGCAACCUCUUCUCCGGCGAAAUCCCAUCGUCAAUUACCCAAAUGGAUCGGCUCAGUAUCCUGAACAUCGAAAACAACAAGCUCUCUGGUGAGCUCCCACCGGCGAUAGGGCAUUUGCCUCUGAUAUUGUUGAACGUCGCAAACAACCAGUUCUCCGGAACAAUUCCAGCAGAACUCAGCGAGAUCCAGUGCCUUCAGAUCCUCGACCUCUCCCUUAACAAUUUCUCCGGUGAAUUUCCGGCUAGCCUCAACAACAUGUCCGACCUCAACAAAUUCAACGUCUCCUUCAACCCUCUCCUUCACGGGAUCAUUCCUAUGAGCGGCCAGAUUGCAACGUUCGACAACAGCUCCUUCAUCGGCGACCCUCUCAUGUCAUUUUCCACCUCCACCUCCAUCUCCCUUCACAACAACACUUCGCCUACCACAGCCGGCCGGCGAUCGAGAAUCAAAAUCGUUUCCAUCUGGAUCAUUCUCCCCUUAGCUGCCGUCAUAUUCCUCUUCGGCCUUGCCUCCUUCAUUCUCUGCCUCGUAUUACGGUCCCCUGUUCUCUCUCCUUCAGUAAUAGAACCAUAUCCAUACUUUUCUGAAACAGACAGCUUCCUGUUUGAAGGAAUCAAGCAACUGCCUCCUUCUACAUCACUCUCUCCUUCACAUCUCUCCAACAGCUCUCCCGGCGGCGGCGUGAAGGUUUUCCGUCUCGAUAAAACGGCCUUCACCUACAAGGACAUCGUGUCAGCAACCGGAAACUUCUCUGCUGACAUGAUAAUCGGCUGCGGUGGUUCAGGCGUGGUUUACCGCGGAAUGCUCCCGGAUGGCCGGCACGUUGCGGUGAAAAAGUUGAGGAGAGAAGGCGUUGAAAGCGAGCGAGCAUUCCGAGCUGAGAUGGAGGUGCUCGCCGGAGGCCACUCUAAUCUCGUGUCCAUCUAUGGUUGGUGCCUCGCCGGAUCAGAGAAGCUCUUAGUGUACGAGUACAUGGAAGGAGGGAGUUUGGAGGACGUAAUCAAAGAUCGCAGGAGAUUCGGGUGGGCUCAACGGAUGGAGGCGGCGGUGGGGGUGGCUCGCGCAUUGGAGUAUCUGCAUCACCAAUGUGUGCCCGCGGUGGUUCACCGUGAUGUCAAGGCCAGCAAUGUGAUGAUGGAUGGAAACGGGAUGGCAAAGGUGACUGAUUUCGGGUUAGCAAGGAUGAUGAUGAAUGGGGAAACACAUGUGAGCACGAUGGUGGCGGGGACCGUGGGGUAUGUGGCGCCGGAGUACGGGCAGACAUGGAGGGCAACGACCAAGGGGGAUGUGUAUAGCUUUGGGGUGCUGGUGAUGGAGCUGGCGACGGGGAGGAGGGCAGUGGAAGAAGGAGGGGAGGAGUGUUUGGUGGAUUGGUUGAGGAGGUUGGGGAUGGAGGUGGCGAUAGAGGAGGUGGAGGGGUGGGAGGAGGAAGAAGGUAGUGAGGCAAUGAGAGGAUUGAUGAGAGUUGGGAUGAGGUGCAUGGAGGAGUCGCCACAGGAUCGGCCGGACAUGAGAGAGGUGGUGGUGCUAUUGAUGAGGAUUAUGAAGGGUUCGGAUUCUGAUUGGGAUGGAAGUUUGGAUCCACCCAUGUUAGCUAGAUAGUCAUUUAAUUAUAGUUAGUUUUAUUGAUAGUGAGUUUCGUAUUUAUUGAACUUAUUUUAAGAUUGAUACAGUAUUUAAGAUAGUUUAUACUGUGUACAUGAUCUUAAAAUGAAUUCAAUGAUUUUGAGAUGAUUUUAAUAAAAAUUAAAUCAAUGUCAUAUGAGGUUAAUUACAAGCACGGUGUACAUUGAGAUUAUAGGGGUAGGCAAUGUGAUGUAAUUUAAAUACAAAUACAAUCAUACAAUAUCAUGAAAAAUUAUUUUGCAGA